UCUGUGCGCGCCUGGCACAGGCGUGUGACACUCGGGGUGGGUAACGCAGAGGGGAGCAGCAGCAGAAGGUAGGAGGAAGAGGAGGAGGAACGGGGUGGGGGUGUCGAGACGAGAGAGUGGAAGACGGCUGGAACAAGAGGACACAGCAACCACGCGCAGACUUGCCUGGGACAGGCAACGCAGCAACAACAAUGCGCCCGCUGCUGGAGCAGACGCUGCUACUACUGCUGCUGCUCCACGUGUGCGCGCUCGCGAGCGGCGCGGCAUCUUCGCCCGGCCCUGCGUGCGACCGCCCGCUCGGAUCUCCGCUCGGGCCCGGUGCCUACGGCGCCUCGUCGGAGCUCUCGCCGGCACUGGCCGCCCACUUCGCACGGCUCAACAGCAGGGAAGGUGCGGGCGGUUGGGCUCCCUCUCCCGCUGACCCCUCCCCGUGGCUGCAGCUCGACCUGGGCGGCCGGUCGCGGGUCACGGCCGUGGCCACGCAGGGUCGCUACGGCUCGUCCGAGUGGGUGACGCGCUACCAGCUGCUGCACAGCGACACGGGCAGCAACUGGAAGCGGUACCAGCGCGACGACAACCUCUGGGCAUUCGGGGGCAAUGAGAACUCGGACGGCCGGGUCAGGCACGAGCUGCCGCGACCCCUGGUCACCCGGUUCCUUCGAUUUGCGCCGCUCGAUCCGGGCACCCCGGCGCGCAUCGGGCUACGCGUGGCUGUCUACGGCUGCCCAUACACUUCAGACGUAGCGCACCUGGAUGGACGCAGCGCCCUGGCAUACCGCUUUGCGCACAAGAGCAUGCGCACGCUGAAGGACGCCGUGGCGCUGCGCUUCAAGACGGCGGCGGCGGACGGAGUGCUGCUGCACGGGGAGGGGCAGCAGGGAGACUUCCUCACGCUGGCGGUUCAUCGCGCCCGACUGCAGUUGAACCUCAACCUCGGCAGCAGGCAGCAGCGCGCGCCCACGGGGCACACGAGCGUGACGGUGGGCACGCUGCUCGACGACCAGCACUGGCACGGCGUGAGCCUCCAUCGCCACGGCCGCCACGUCAACCUCACGCUCGACGGGCACACGCGCCACUUCCGCACCAACGGCGACUUCGACUACCUGGACCUCGACUACCAGUUGAGCUUUGGAGGGCUGUCCACUCCCGGGAAGGGCAGAAGCAGCUUCAAGCGAAACUUCCAGGGUUGCCUGGAAAACGUCAGCUACAACGGUGUCAACCUCAUAGAUCUGGCCAAGCGGAGGAAGCCAGCCGUGUACAUCACGGGGAACGUGUCCUUUGCGUGCGCCGAGCCGCGGGUGGUGCCCAUUACGUUCCCGCUGCCCGGCAGCUCCCUGUGGCUGUGGGGGCCGGCGUGGCACGAGGCGCUGUCCGUGGUGCUGGAGCUACGCACGUGGAGCGCACGUGGAACGCUCGUCUACACGGCCUUCUCGCCCGCCGGCCCGCGGGCGUCCUCUCUGAGCAUCGGCCUGGACGAUGGCCGCCUCACCGUGACACUUUUGCAGCCGGGCCGCGACGCCCUGCACCUGUCUGCCGGCUCGGAUCUGAACGACGGCCAGUGGCAUUCCGUGAGUGUCUCUCUCCGGAGGAACUUUGUCGGUGUGACCCUGGAUGGGGACGAGGCAUCUGCCAUCCAAUCGUACAACCCGCUGGACAUAUUGACGGGGGAUGUUUACUACCUCGGAGGAUGUCCGGCAGUGGCAGCGCCAGGACAGUGCCGGGCUCCACACGGCUCGUUCCUCGGCUGCCUGCGCUCCGUACGCAUCGCCGAGCAGGACCUGGACAUGAGUCUCGUGGAGCAGGGCAUGCUGGGAAAUUUUACCGGUGCACAACUCAACACGUGCGGCAUCCUGGACAGGUGCCUCCCAAACCACUGCGAACACGGAGGGAAAUGCAGCCAAGAGUGGGACUCAUUCUUCUGUGAUUGCGAUGGCACAGGAUAUCUGGGAGACACCUGUCACAAUCCCGUGUUCGAGCGGUCCUGCGAAGCAUACAAGCACCUGGGUGGCACGUCCGGCUUCUACCACAUCGACCUGGAUGGCAGCGGUCCCCUGGACCCUCUGCUCGUUUACUGCAACGUCACAGAGGAGCGCGUGUGGACCGUGCUGGCGCAUGACGGCACCGACGAGCGCCGAGUGCCCGAGACGAGCACUGCGCUCGCCGCCUUCGUUGCUCGAUUCGUCUACAACGCCAGCUCGGAGCAACUGUCCGCGCUGGUGGAGCAGGCUGAGCAGUGCCGGCAGGAGGUCGCCUACUACUGCCGAAGAUCGCGUCUCCUCAACUCGCCCGAUGGGCCUCCCUUCACCUGGUGGGUCAGCAGGACCAACGAGCGGCAGCACUACUGGGGCGGCUCCAGCCCGGGCGUGCAGAAGUGUGCGUGCGGCGUGGAGCGAAACUGCACGGAGGAGCACGUCCACUGCAACUGCGACGCCGACCGUGACGAGUGGAUGCACGAUUCCGGUUGGCUGACGAACAAAGAGCACCUGCCGGUGACGCAGCUCGUCAUUGGCGACGCGAACCGCUCGCGCUCGGCCGCCAGCUACCUCGUGGGGCCGCUGCGUUGCCACGGCGACAAGCAUUUUUGGAACGCGGCGUCGUUCUCCAACCGCACGGCGUACCUGCUGUUCCCGACGUUCCGUGGCGAGAAAAGUGCUGACAUCUCUUUUUACUUCAAAACGGUGGCGCCGUUUGGAACCUUCCUCGAGAACCUGGGGCUGCAGCACUUUCUGCGCCUGGAGCUGAAGAGCCCACUCGAGGUGAGCAUGCGCUUCGACGUGGGCGAUGGCCCCGUGGAGCUGAUCGCCGUGUCCCCGUGGCCGCUCAACGACGACCAGUGGCACCGGGUUUGCGCCGAGCGCAACGUAAAACGCGCCUCGCUGCAGGUGGACGACCUGCCCCGGCGGGUACGCCGCUCGCCCCCCGACGGACACACGCGCCUGCGUCUCAACAGCCAGCUCUUCGUGGGUGCCACUGCGUCCGGGAAGAGAGGCUUCCUGGGCUGCCUGCGCGCGCUGCAGAUGAACGGCGCCACGCUCGGCUUGGAGGAGCGAGCGCGCAGCGCGGUUGGUGGAGUGAACCCUGGCUGCACGGGCCACUGCAGCAGCUACGGGUCGCUGUGCCGCAACGGCGGGCGCUGUGUGGAGCGCUACAGCGGAUACACGUGCGACUGCACGCACACGCCAUUCGACGGGCCUUUCUGCACGCAAGAGGUGGGUGCCUACUUCGAGGCAGGCACAGUGGUGCAGUUCUCCCUGGACUCGGAGUCGUCGCCGGAGCAGAGCGUAGAAGAGGACGAGGACGAACAAGCAGAGGAGGAGGAGGGGACAAUGGCGGCAGUAGCAUCCAGUCUCGGCAGGGAUGACCUGGAUGAGGAGAGGGCGAUCUUCAGCUUCAGCACGGUGCAUGCUCCCGCUGUGCUGCUCCACGCCAGCAGCCACGCAUACCCAUCCUCCUACCUCGCCAUCGUCCUCGAGCACAACGGCAACCUGCAGCUGUGGUUUGGUGGCGGUGGCACCUCAUCGCCACGCACCGUCUCGGCCGGCAUGCGGAACCUGGCCGACGGGCAGGUCCACGCGGUGAACGUGACGCGGCGCGGCACCCUCAUCCUCCUGCAGCUGGACCAUUACCUCCCCACUGCGCAUCGCCUGCCGGCCGGCCAUGCACCUCAUCCCCGAGCUGCCGACACACUCUACCUCGGCCGGGUGCCCGACGAGGUACCACUGGAGCCGGAGGUCGCUGGACUGAACUGGCGAGGGUUCGGCGGCUGCCUCUCCCGAGUGCAGUACAACGGCCGGGCGCCGCUCAAAGCCGCCCUGCGCCCGGGACCGCACUCUUCGCUUGUCGUCACGGUGACGGGACGCCUCGUCCCUUCCAGCUGUGCGGCCGUGCCCCAGACGGUCGCUCCGGUCUCCCCGAGCACGCCAUACCCGUGGGCGCACCAGCAUGAAGCGGAGGAGGAGGAGUGGAGCGAGGACCCCGUCUCGACACCGCUGAGCGCUGACUCGAUUGUGAUAGGAGGAGCGAUCGCAGCGUCGUCCUUUGUCAUCCUGGCCGUGCUGGUGCUCAUCACGCGCUACGUGCUGCGGCACAAGGGCACGUACCACACGCACGAAGUGAAGGGCUCCGACGCGGGGGGAAAAGCGGACGCCAUCAGCCCCUUGCCACCGCCGCCGCCACCACCGCCGCCGCCGCCUGUGCGUACCGACGAGAGCCCUCGCGAGUGGUUCAUCUGAGACGACAGCACCUGCGGUUUGUGUGCAAACGUGUAAAUGUGAAAUUGCAGACGCUUGUUGUGCGGUCCGUUUGGUGUUCAAAUUGUUUUACGUAUUUAUUUAUCAUUAUUGACUCUUAAGGGAUGAUUUGGAUAGCAAAAAAAAAAAAAAUUGCUGUAAAUGACAUUUUAGAGCGGGAAUAGAAAAUUGGCUCUGGAUGUUUUGCGUGAAGCGUUUAAGUGGAUUGUAAAACAUCACGCUGAAAUUUGAAAUAUAUAUACGUAUAAAAUAAAAUCCCCAUCAGUCUAGGACUGACUGACUAACCAAAAAUAAGCACACGCUUUGGGACUGGAAUCCUGAUUCAAGUGGUGAAUGAUGAAUGCGAACGAUUAAUGGGCAGAAAUGCGGAUGGUAGGGAUUGAAUGAUGUAUUGCAGACGUUGUUGCACAAGCUGUACAUUUGUGAGUAAUGUGUUCUUUUUGAAAGUCUUUUUGACGCAGUGGGAAUUGCACAAGAUGUUUUAGUGAAAUAAAACGUGAAGAUUGUAAAGUAUAAUGCAAGUGUAAAUCCAUCUGACGAUGUAAUCUGUCUAUUAGCAUUAACUUCCGUGGCAUUUGGGACGUGAGCAUCUGUUUCGCGUGAUUUCUGUUGAUCUCGUUUGGUCUCGUGCAGCGGCACAGGUGGCCAAGACGUUCACAGGAAUCCUUGAAUAAACCUCUCUCUGCAGAUGGUUCCCACAUCCCAAGGAGGUUUUACGAAAGUGGUGAAUUGGAAGCUCCUGCAAGGGGCAGCCACUGAUUUAACUAUAUUUUUUAAUAUAUGCGGACUUAGCUGUAAGGGUAUACGCGUGGUUCACAUGAUCAAGUUUGUGCUGUGAUGUGUGUGAAUCAUUAGAAAAACCUUCACGAUCCAAGUUGCACUCAGUUGGCCAAAUACAACUUGUUUUGAUUCUGUGAACGGCAAUGAUAAGCAGGACGAUGAUAAACUCUCGUGAACUUUUAUUAAUAGCAAAUUAAUAUUAAAUAUAACGCGUAUGUGAAAUUGUAUUAAAAUGUAUUUACCACAAUGCAAUUACAAACCACAAUUUAAUUUAGCGCGAAUAAUUUAUCACCUUCAGGAUGACAAAGCGUUCCUUUGCCGGGCCUGUUCUUUUGACAUUCCCAAUUAGUUUAUUUUGGCUUGGAUCGUCUAAGUAUAAUGCCAAAUUUGACAUUCCCAUUGGCAUUUGCAAACAUUGCAUAAUGCGAUUGUCCAGUACUGCAGCCGUUGCAGAGGAGGGUGCAGACUCGGUCAUGUUGCAAAUGUUCAUAAAAAGUUGUCAGUGCAUUCUCACACCCGCACGUCGCAUCGGGCCCUCAGAGGCGCCAGCGUGCGGCGAGGUAGCAGCUGCUGUUCGGUACACCAGUGUGUGGUUUUACGCCACGUGUCAGUAUUUGCUUGUCGGCCGCUUGACUGUGGAGGCCACUUGUUUUCUCACGGAAAGUCUGCAUGUUCUGUGAAACCUGCCACACGAAUGUUGGCUGGCAGGGAUGGGCUCGUGGGUUCCUUUGCCUCAGCCCUGCAGAGCUUUAAAUCCGUUUUUGCAUACGGCCAUUAUGACGAAUAUAUAACACUACGUGAUCACUGGGAAGCUCAGUCACGUGUCUGUUUCCACUGCUAGGUUACGUCCUCUCAAUGUCACCAUCACCUCCUUUCCAACAGGAGGAGAACACAUUUUGCUUUCUGAAGUAUUUAUUGUUACGAGAGCAUUUUUUCUGGUCACGUGCUGUAUCUCCCGAUUGGCUACUUUUAAGACCGAACAAGGUAAUUCACUUUUGAGUGCAAUGUAUCUGUGUUUAACAUCAUAAACUAAACUUUUACGUACUGCAUAAUGCAUAUAUUGUAAACGGCUGUUACAAGCACAUUAGAAAAUGAUUGUCUGUUGUAUAUAUAUUA